AUGGUUGUACAUGCAGGCGCCGCGGCUCUGCGGCCCGCUGUGUUGUCUCACCUCAUCCGGUCCGUGCAGAGGGCGCUGGGAAGGGCGCUGGGAGCUGACGGCGCUCCCUCCGCGCUGCACGGGCCAGCACCUGCACAGGUCACUGCCGGCAGGAACGUGAUGCCCAAGACGCUGGAUGGCCAGAUAACCAUGGAGAAGACCCCCAGCUACUUCGUGACCAACGAAGCGCCCAGGCGCAUUCACUCCAUGGCCAAGGACACAAAGCUGAUUGUGGUGGUGAGGAACCCAGUCACCCGGGCCAUCUCGGACUACACGCAGACGCUCUCCAAGAAGCCGGAGAUCCCCACCUUCGAGGUGCUGGCCUUCAAGAACCGGACCCUGGGGUUGAUUGACGCCUCCUGGAGCGCGAUCCGCAUUGGGAUCUAUGCCCUGCACUUGGAGAACUGGCUCCAGUACUUCCCCCUCUCCCAAAUCCUUUUUGUCAGUGGUGAGAGGCUCAUCACUGACCCAGCCGGGGAAAUGGCCAAGGUCCAGGACUUCUUAGGCCUCAAGAGGAUUGUGACAGAGAAACAUUUUUAUUUUAAUAAAACCAAGGGGUUCCCCUGUCUAAAGAAGCCAGAGGACAGCAGUGCUCCUCGGUGCUUGGGCAAGUCCAAGGGUCGAACUCACCCCAAAAUAGACCCAGACGUCAUCCACAGACUGCGGAAGUUUUACAAACCCUUCAAUGUCAUGUUUUACCAAAUGACGGGCCAAGAUUUCCAGUGGGAGCAGGAAGAAAGUGAUAAGUAG